AGAGGCAGCAGCAUGGCGGCGUCGCUGGGCGGGCUGGGCCUCCUGCAGGGCAGAGUCAAGUUGGCUGCGGCAGCUUCUGCCUUCUCGCCUCUCCGCCGGCCGGGUCCGCGGGGGCUGGUGCGGGGAGGGGCCGCUUGUUCUCCAACCGGGAAGGGCUACAGCUCGGAGGCGAAGGGGGAGGAGGAGCUGCGGGUCCGGUACCUGGAUGAGGAGAACCAAGGAAUUGUGGUACUUGGAUUAAACAGAUCUCGUGCCAAAAAUGCACUUAAUAAAAAUCUUAUAAAAAUGAUGUCAAAAGCUGUGGAUGCUCUGAAAUCUGAUAAGAAAGUACGAACUGUUAUAUUCCGAAGUGAAGUCCCUGGGAUAUUCUGUGCUGGUGCUGACCUUCAUGAAAGAGCCAAAAUGCACUCCAGUGAAGUUAGUUCUUUUGUCUCAAAAGCAAGAGCAACUAUUAAUGAAAUGGCUAAUCUUCCAGUACCAACAAUUGCUGCGAUAGAUGGGACUGCAUUAGGUGGUGGCCUAGAACUGGCAUUAGCCUGUGACAUAAGAGUGGCAGCCUCUUCUGCUAAAAUGGGUCUAGUUGAAACAAAGCUGGCAAUCAUUCCGGGUGCAGGUGGGACACAGAGGUUACCUCGUACGAUUGGUGUAUCGCUAGCAAAAGAACUCCUCUUCUCUGCACGUAUUGUAGAUGGCGAAGAAGCAAAAUCAAUAGGAUUGAUCAGUCAUGUGGUGGAACAGAAUGACUCAGGGGAUGCAGCCUACAGAAGAGCUUUAGCCCUAGCACAAGAAUUUUUACCUCAGGGACCUCUAGCAAUAAGAGUUGCAAAAUUGGCCAUCAAUCAAGGGAUGGAGGUGGAUUUAGUAACAGGCUUAGCAAUUGAAGAAGCCUGUUAUGCUCAGACUAUUCCAACAAAAGACAGAAUUGAAGGUCUUCUUGCUUUUAAAGAAAAGAGGCCCCCUCGCUACAAGGGAGAAUAGGAGAAACUGAUGCCUUGAAAAUACAAAUGAGAUAAACAUGGCUGGAAGGACCUUUCAGCUGCACUUUGCCUCAGCGCAUGGAAUAUCACAACCACCAAAGUAAAAGCAAACCCUACCUACAUUACAACAUCUGGAAUGUGUCCAGACAUGUGCCUGGCCCAAGAAUAUGUAUCAAGUCAUACUCAGCAUGGUUUAUGAAGGUUGCUCUGUAUAUUUGCAAGGUCACAGGUUCAUAAGCAUUUCUUUUAUUUCAUUUGUAU